GCUCCUUCCACUACCGCUCCUACAGUAAAUAUUUGUGUUUGCUCAACCGGCUGUAAUGGUGGACGACUGAGGCGAGAGGAGCGGAAUACAACUAGAGUGAAGAAAGAGAGGGGAGGAGAAACGCCAUAAAGGAAGAAACGGUCGAGAGUCUGCUUGAGAGCCAGCCGCCGCGAGUAGGACACGGGCUUCGUCGAAAAUGGAUGAACUCAAACAUCAAGUCAUGAUUAACCAGUUCGUCCUGACGGCGGGUUGUGCGGCAGACCAGGCGAAGCAGCUCCUGCAGGCGGCACACUGGCAGUUCGAGACUGCCCUCAGUGCCUUUUUUCAAGAAACAAAUAUUCCAUAUGGCCAUCAUCAUCAAAUGAUGUGCACCCCAGCCAACACACCAGCGACGCCGCCCAACUUCCCCGACGCGCUGACCAUGUUCUCCCGGCUGAAGGCGUCCGAGAGCUUCAACAGCGGCGGCGGCGGCAGCCCCAUGGCCGCCUCCAUGGCCACCUCGCCCCCGCCCCCCCAGGUCGGCGGCUGGGGCGUCUCACCAAAUGUACCUAAUGUGCCGCAGCCCCCACAGGGACUCUGGACUCAGGGGCAGCCCACGCAGCCCUGCCCCGCCUGGCCCACGGGAGUCAACCCGCACGCCGGCGCCGAGCAGAAGGCUAGCGUAGCGAUGGAGGCGGAGAGAUGAAGGGCCGCACGGGACUUUAAAAAAAAAAAAAAAAAAAAAAAAAGCCCCCUCCCCCUCCCUCCCCCUCCUCCCCACCUCGAGGGGCGAGGGAGGGGAAACCGGGGGAUGAAUGUGGGAAGGGUGGGAGGUGAUUAUUCGGUAGAAAUGGGUCUGGGUCUUUUCUCCCCCCCCCCCCCCCCCCCCCCCAAACAAAACGGAUGACGUGGAAAGAGACGGAAUCUACGCAAAACCAAGAAAAACUCAACGUGGACAAUUUAAGAAGAGGAGAAAAACCAAUGCAAUUGUCAAUACAAAAAUAGCGAGAGGAGGAAAAAAAAAAAAAGAUACGCACACACAUAGUAAUAAGAGAGCAACUGAAAUCUUUGUUAGUUUUUUCCUAAGUAAAUGCAUAGAUUUAAGAAAUAUUAUUGAACUAAAAAACGAGAAAUGGUCAAAAAAAAAAAAAUGUCAUGCCCAAGGAUUCUAUGUGAUGUGCGAGGACAUUCAAGGCAGCAAACUUCAGUUUUUCAUCUAGAUUUUGUUUUUGUUUUUUUUUUCCUCCCGGUCUUUGUUUCUCAGGCCGGCUCUGUUCGGUGGCCGGCGUUCUGUGUUUUCUGUGCUGCAUGAGGAGAAAGAUGCAGUGUUUUACUCAAAAAAAACAAAAAACAAAAAAA